UAUGCAAACUGCUGAAUGGAGGAAGGGGGUGGAAGUCAGUCUUUACCGAUACUCUUUCCGUUACCAUCCUGCAUGGUUCUUUACCCGUGUUUUACAGAGUGGUGAAGAAUUAGGAGAACCUGCAGUUGUUCAGCUGAGUGGAACUAAAUGGGUGGCUUCCUUCUGGACCCUCACUUCACUGUCUUAGGUACAAGAACGGUAGAAGUUCAUUUUAGGAUCUGAAAGAACAAGAUUCUGCAGCUCUGGAAAGAUAUGCCAUGGAAGUAAUCAGCUGGGGUGGUCCCAGGGCGCUCUGGGCACGAGUAUUGCUGAGUGAUCAUUGGCUGCCACCUGCGUGACAAAGUAAAGGACCAACCCUUCAAUUUAUACCAGUGGAGCCAGAUCACGGGAAACAAUUGACAGAAUUGUUAAGCUUAUGCUUAGCCCAGCGUGAUACAGGACUGGUGCAACAACUCGGUUUUGAUCAGUGACUCAAAAUUGUGAUCACCCUGAUGUCACCGAAUGGCCACAGCUUGUAAAAGAUUUUAAGCAUGAUGAAAGGACGUCUUGCCGUACUAUAUAGUUGUUUUUCAGUACUGUUGCCUGCUCACAGGAAAUAACAAGAUCACCAGGAGAACCGCACUCUGAGAACAUUGAAACUAGCCGAAUGAAGCGAGCAGCUGCAAAGCAUCUAAUAGAGCGCUACUACCACCAGUUAACCGAGGGCUGUGGAAAUGAAGCCUGCACGAAUGAAUUUUGUGCUUCCUGUCCAACUUUUCUCCGUAUGGAUAACAAUGCAGCAGCCAUUAAGGCCCUCGAGCUUUAUAAGAUUAAUGCAAAACUCUGUGAUCCUCAUCCCUCCAAGAAAGGAACAAGCUCAGCUUACCUAGAAAACAAUUCCAAAGGUGCCCAUAACAAUUCCUGCACUGACAGAAAAAUGAACAAGAAGGAAAUGCAAGGCCCAAGAGAUGACUUUAAAGACGUGACUUUUCUAACAGAAGACAAGAUAUAUGAAAUUCUUGAACUAUGUCGAGAAAAAGAGGAUUAUUCCCCUUUAAUCCGGGUGAUUGGGAGAGUGUUUUCUAGUGCUGAAGCACUGGUGCAGAGUUUCCGAAAAACCAAGCAGCACACCAAGGAGGAGCUCAAGUCUCUUCAAGGAAAGGAUGAAGACAAAGAUGAAGAUGAAAAGGAAAAAGCUGCCUGUUCGGCUGCUGCUAUGGAAGAGGAUUCUGGUGCAUCAUCAUCUUCAUCAUCAAGAAUAGGUGAUAACACACAGGGAGACAAUAACCUCCAAAAACUAGGCCCAGAUGAAGUGUCUGUAGAUAUUGAAGCAGUCAGACGGGUCUACGAUAGGUUACUUUCUAAUGAAAAAAUAGAAACUGCUUUUUUAAAUGCACUUGUGUACUUGUCACCUAAUGUGGAAUGUGACUUGACUUACCAUAAUGUGUACUCUCGGGAUCCUAACUAUCUGAAUUUGUUUAUUAUCGUUAUGGAGAAUGGCAAUCUUCAUAGCCCAGAAUAUCUGGAAAUGGCUCUACCGUUGUUUUGCAAAGCAAUGAGCAAGCUACCCCUUGCAGCUCAAGCAAAACUGGUCAGAUUGUGGUCUAAGUACAGAGCAGAUCAAAUUCGGAGAAUGAUGGAAACAUUUCAGCAGCUUAUUACUUACAAAGUCAUAAGCAACGAGUUCAAUAGUCGUAACCUAGUGAAUGAUGAUGAUGCUGUUGUUGCUGCUUCAAAGUGCUUGAAAAUGGUUUACUAUGCAAAUGUAGUAGGAGGGGAUGUGGAUACAGAUCAUAAUGAAGAGGAAGAUGAAGAACCCAUCCCAGAAUCAAGUGAACUAACUCUUCAAGAGCUGUUGGGUGAGGAAAGAAGAAAUAAAAAAGGUCCUCGAGUGGACCCACUGGAAACUGAACUUGGUGUUAAAACUAUAGAUUGCAGAAAACCACUUAUCCCUUUUGAAGAAUUUAUUAACGAACCACUGAAUGAUGUUCUAGAAAUGGACAAAGACUACACUUUCUUCAAAGUAGAAACAGAGAAUAAAUUCUCAUUUAUGACCUGUCCCUUCAUAUUGAAUGCUGUUACCAAGAACCUGGGAUUGUAUUAUGACAAUAGGAUCCGGAUGUACAGUGAGAGGCGCAUAACUGUGCUCUACAGCUUAGUUCAAGGGCAGCAGCUCAACCCGUAUUUGCGACUGAAAGUGAGACGUGAUCACAUCAUCGAUGAUGCGCUUGUCCGGCUAGAGAUGAUUGCCAUGGAAAAUCCUGCAGACUUGAAGAAGCAAUUGUAUGUUGAAUUUGAAGGAGAGCAAGGGGUAGAUGAAGGAGGUGUUUCCAAAGAAUUUUUUCAACUGGUUGUGGAAGAAAUAUUCAAUCCAGAUAUCGGGAUGUUCACAUAUGAUGAGUCUACAAAACUGUUUUGGUUUAAUCCGUCCUCUUUUGAAACUGAGGGUCAGUUUACCCUGAUUGGCAUAGUACUGGGACUGGCUAUUUACAACAACUGUAUACUGGAUGUACAUUUCCCCAUGGUUGUCUACAGGAAGCUAAUGGGCAAAAAAGGAACUUUCCGUGAUCUGGCAGACUCUCAUCCUGUUCUAUAUCAGAGUUUGAGAGACUUACUAGAGUAUGAAGGAAGUGUGGAAGAUGAUAUGAUGAUAACAUUUCAAAUAUCUCACACGGAUCUCUUUGGCAAUCCAAUGAUGCAUGAUUUAAAGGAAAACGGUGAUAAAAUUCCUAUUACGAAUGAAAACAGAAAGGAAUUUGUCAAUCUGUAUGCUGACUACAUACUCAACAAAUCAGUAGAAAAGCAGUUCAAGGCCUUUCGGAGAGGAUUCCACAUGGUGACCAAUGAAUCUCCUUUGAAAUAUUUAUUUAGACCAGAGGAAAUUGAAUUACUAAUUUGUGGAAGUAGGAAUUUAGAUUUUCAAGCACUAGAAGAAACUACAGAAUAUGAUGGUGGCUAUACAAGAGACUCUCUUAUUAUUAGGGAAUUCUGGGAAAUAGUCCAUUCAUUUACAGAUGAGCAGAAAAGACUAUUCUUACAGUUUACAACAGGCACAGACAGAGCCCCUGUGGGAGGACUUGGAAAGUUAAAGAUGAUCAUCGCCAAAAAUGGCCCAGAUACAGAGAGGUUACCUACAUCUCACACAUGCUUUAAUGUACUUUUGCUUCCGGAGUACUCAAGCAAAGAAAAGCUUAAAGAAAGAUUAUUGAAGGCCAUCACAUAUGCCAAAGGAUUUGGCAUGCUGUAAUAAGUAUAACAAAAGGGAUUAAAAAAUGAUGGUGAUGAUGUCCCUGUCCAAAAAAGGCCAUAAGAUAGUGAGCUACAGUAGUCACCUGUGUUUGUGCCUCCCUUCUUUACUGGGGACAUUGGGCUGGAACAGCAGAUUUCAGCUGCUUAUAUGAACAAAAUCUUUAUUUUUUCUUUUAGCGUGAAAGUGUUACAUAUUCUUUCACUUGUAUGUACAGAGAGGUUUUCCUGAAUAUUUAUUUUAAGGGUUAAAUCACUUUUGCUUGUGUUUAUUACUGCUUGAAGUUGAGCCUUUUUGAGUAUUUACAAGAAAACAAACUGUACUCUCCCAAGGAAAAUAUUGCCAUCAUUUGUAGACCAUGUAACCUUCAAGUAUGUGCUAUAUUUUUGUCCCUGUAUCUAAUCAAAUCAAGAACUGUACUUUUUGAAGAGUUUGCUUUUGAAACUUGAAGUCUUGAAAAACAGUGUGAUGCAAUUACUGCUGUUCUAGCCCCCAAAGAGUUUCUGUGCAAAAUCUUAAGAAUCAAUAAAGAUGGAAGGGAGAACUUGGAAUGUUAAAUUGCAGCCUUGAGAACUUUACUUUAGUCACAGCACAACAAUUAAAAUUCAUUUCACUAUAUGUUGUCUUCA